CCAGUGACUGCGGGAAAAACGGUGCUGCUUCAUUCGUGCUGUUCAGCUCGUUAAGUGCGGUCGUGUUAAUGCCGGGUGUCUGGACACGCCAAAAGCGUUCUGAAGUGUGUGCGUUGAAAAUUCCUUGGUGAAUGUGUUCUCAGUUUUGUGCAUAUGAUUACUGCUUUGGAGAAGUUCUUUUAUAAAAUUAAAUCUACUUAUAUGCUGAGAGUGAAUAAGUUCAGAGAAGAAAAUAUAUUGUACUCAACGUGUUGAAGAAGUGCUUGAGUGGUGAGACAAUUAGUGCUGUGUUUCGAAACAAUUAUCCAAUUUCCCGAACAGCAGAAAAGGAAAUGAGCUUGACUGCUUCGACCGCAAAGUCGAUCGUGUCGACACCCUUCUCGAUAAACGAUAUCCUUACCAGAAGCCGGCGGGUCGAGCGUCACAGCUCGGGUGAAUCGUCUGGCAACGAGGAAGACAUGAAGACGUACUAUCACGCACGCCACCAUCAUCACCAUCAUAACCAUUACCAUCCACAGCAACUUCGCCAUCAGCAUCAAAGGCGAAAUGCUACUGCCCACGAAGCUUCCGCCAGUCCUCGCUCGACCGUGGAAGAGGGACUGUACGGGAAGCUAAGCCUAAGCUACUAUAACAACAAUAAUAAUAAUCCGAACAAUGAAACUGGUUCCACGGCGACCACGUUUUCAUUGAACGGAUUGCCACCUGCCUUACGUCGUGGGUCGUUAGAUUGUUUCAUGGUGACAACGGAUGCGAAUGGUCAAGAAGUCGCGUCAAGGCAGGAUUCUAGUGCACCGAUGCAGGAUGGCGAUGCCGGACCGACGGAACGCAUUGCCAACAUGCUGCUGGAAGGAUCGGGCCGAGGAUCGGGAUGCUAUCGACUCGCGAAGUCAACCCAUCAUCGUAGCGAAAGUCCCAUCGAUAUGCGACGUUUGACGGAAAACGAUUCGGACUGUGACUCAUCGUCACCUUACACCAGUGCACUGGGACUACACGGUACCCAACAAACGCCAAUGUUGGCCAACGAAGAGAUACCUUCCGCAAGGAAGAAACGUUCCCGGGCUGCAUUCAGUCACGCUCAGGUGUUUGAGCUUGAGCGUCGUUUCGCCCAACAACGAUACCUUUCCGGGCCGGAGCGUUCCGAGCUCGCUAAGAACUUGCGACUUACCGAGACGCAGGUCAAGAUCUGGUUCCAGAACAGGCGUUACAAAACGAAAAGGAAACAGAUCCAGCAACAUGAGGCCGCACUGCUUAGCGCUACGAAACGCGUCCCGGUGCAGGUGCUGGUGCGGGAAGAUGGAUCGUACGGACCAAUGUUGGCCGCUGGUCAACCACACUACGCUACCGGACUCGAUCCUGCCCUGCUGAACGUUUAUCGACACCAGAUACAGAUGGCGUACGGAAUGCCUGGAAUACCUCCAAUGCCGUUUUCCUACUUCUAUCCCUCGAAGAUAGCCACCGUACCUAAUGGACCGAUCGCACCGUCCGUCGUUCUGCCCACGCCUUCAUCGUCAUCCUCUACCUCCUCCGUAUCCUGUAAACCACCGGCCAUCCAUCAUCAUGGGCUCGUAUCGUCCGGACCACUAAACUUCUCCACCCGAUGUGAUAGUGAUUCGGAAAAUGUUAACUCCGCCGGACAACGGUCACGAUCACCCUCGGAACUGUCGGGACCGGGUUCGGACGGAACACGACCACGUAGCCAGACGGAGAUGGAAACCAAUGGCCAUUGCAGUGUGCUAUCGUCUGGUGGUGAGGGCGAAGAAGACGAAUGUGAGAAUGUGGAGAUCGAUUAGAGCAAAGUGUCAGUAUUUACAUAAGGCGAACAAAUGUGAAUAGUGUUGUACCCUGUGAAUAUGUUUUACGCACGAAAUCUUAUAAUGUAGAUUAAAGAGAUGUUCCUGUUGUAUAAAUGACGAAAUAAAUGCAAUUUUUGAUAAAGAUAGAAAAGAGUUUCAUUAUUGAAGAGAU